CACAUUACCAAGAAUGAUGAUAGCAUUCAAAGACUCCAGCCACUCAAACUCUGAAGAUUGCAACUCCUCCAUUGGGAUAGCAGAAUUGCACACAAACACAGAAGGUGAGCAUCGGCAUAUCAAGCUUGCACAGAUAAUGGAACAUUUUUACAAAGAUGCAGGAGAAAGGAAAUUGGUGGAGUCUGACCCUGUGUCAGAACAAAUUGCACAUCUGCUGACCUCAAAGAUUUCACAACUGAAAGAAAAGGGAGGUGGUCAGUAUUUGCUGCGAAGCUUCCAAAUGGCCCUUGUUUUGCUUUCUAAGCAUGGUGCCAACAUCUUCAAAAUAGGAAAUUGUAGAGGUGGGCAUUUCUCCUCCUCCGUCAAUUCUGCAGAAUUCAGCUCUUUGCCUGGACUCUCAAAGGAUGUUGUCUGUUUUAUUCAGCAGGAGAUUUCAAAAUCUGCAAAUACAAUGAUAUGAAACAUAUUAAAAAUGUUCUAUGUAAAAUAUUUUGAUAAUUGUGGAACAAGUUAUUUUCUGUAGUAUUUGCAAAUAAAUAUUUAGUACGUUUAUGAUAUGUUUGCAAUUAAAUGUGAGUGCAUUCAUUAAAAUAUCAGGUGGAUAUUUUGCAAAUGAUUAACUAUUUGGCAUCCAGUAUAACUACAAGUGUUUUGUAGGCUUAGGUUUUAAAAUGAAUGCUCAAUUUUAUGUAGAAAUUCUAUCAUAUUUAAAACUGAUGAAAUGUUUAAUCAUCUACAAUGUACAAAUUAAUGUUUCUUUAUUGGAAGUAUGAAGCAAUUGUGAUGAAACGCAUACCCUGCUAUUAAAUACUUAUAAUUUUUGUAUAUUUUUAAUGAUAACAAAAUUGACCUGAUUAUAUUAAUUCACCAAGUUGAAGGAGAAAAUGUGAUCCAACAAGAGACAUAGAACAAACUACAAACCAGCUGCUGACAUCUUGGCAUUUGGUCACAACAUACAUGUAUGGGAUUGAAUAGAAGGAGUAAGUCAUUUGGGGCAUGAACCUGCUUGUGAUUUGUUUGUAUUUUGCAUUCCACAUUCCCACUAUAAACUUUGACUUCUUUGCCUAACAAGAGUUUAUCCACUUCUGUGGUGAAAAUAUUCAAUGACUAUGCUUCCGCUGCCUUCUGAGGCAGACUGUUCCAAAACUUCAAAAUCCUCUUGAGAG